CACACACACACACACACACACACUGUUUUGUAACAUUAAAACGGCCUGUCUUUGUUUAUCAGCCAGAUAAGCCCGAUAUCUGCUUUCCGUAGAGGACAGAAGACAUGCAGACACCACAAGUCAGUGGUCACUGGAACUCCACUGAAACAUCUCAGCAAACAUACCAACAGACUGCUCGCUUCAUGGAUGGAAACGUCACUUUCACUUUGUUUCCUGAUAACCAUAACAGCACCAGCAGUACAUGUUCCCGUGACAAUAUUCUGAAGACGGUCGUCUUUCCUGUUCUCUACUCAUUCCUUUUCCUGUUGGGACUGUUGAUCAAUGGCGUGGCUGUAUGGGUGUUUUUUCGCAUCCCCUCACAGUCUCACUUCAUCAUAUAUCUGAAGAAUAUUGUGGUUGCAGAUAUCGUCAUGACCUUCACGUUCCCUUUUAAGGUGUUGUCAGAUUCCAACAUGGCAUCCAUCGGGCUACGUGUAUUUGUGUGUCGAGUUUCCUCGGUACUCUUCUACCUCACCAUGUAUAUCAGCAUCCUCUUCUUCGGCCUCAUCAGCAUUGAUCGCUGUACAAAGACCCUCAGUCCUUUUAAAGGGAUAAAUGCAGCCAGGUUGAACUGUCAGAAAAUCCUUUCUGUGGCCAUCUGGGUCUUUCUGUUGUCUAUGUGUCUUCCCAAUGUGGUCCUCACAAGUAAGACUCCAUCUUCAUCAACAUUUAAGUGCAGUGACCUGAAAACAGAGGCUGGGCUGUAUUGGCAUGUGGUGGUAAAUCAUGUAUGUCAAUUUAUAUUCUGGAUCAACCUGGUAAAUGUGAUAGUAUGUUACACUCUCAUCACCAAAGAGCUUUAUCGAUCUUAUUCUCGCACCAAGUCCCACGGCAUCAGACAGACUGUGUGUACAACUCCCAAUACAAACCAGAAGCCUCAAAAAGCCAAAUGUAAAAUUAAUGUAAAUGUGUUUAUUGUGCUAGGAGUGUUCUUUGUGUGCUUUGUUCCAUUUCACUUUGCCCGUGUACCGUACACCAUGAGCCAGGCCCAGAGUCCUCUUUUUGACUGCAAACUGAAACUGUUUUUCUUUCAACUGAAAGAGAGUACGCUCUUCCUCUCAUCCCUGAAUUCACUCCUUAACCCUCUAAUCUACUUUUUCCUUUGUAAGUCCUUCAGGUCCAUCUUGUUUAAGACCCUGCAUUUAUCUCCUGGUGCCUGUAGCCGACUGAUAGGGAGAACAUCAGGUACAGAUACAGGUGGCAGCACCCCGAUGGGAGAAUCCUGUGGUACAUAGACAACUGGACUUUAGGAAUAUGAUAUCUAAACAGGAAUUGUAUCUCAGUGAUGGUACUGUGAUAUAAUUUUCUGUUGUUGUAGCACUGCAGAUAUUCCACAAACAACAAACAUUUGAAUUCAGAAUUAUCCCAACAUAACUGUAAUAAAGUACUCUCAUAAAAUAAAAUUAGAGGAAACCUAGCUGUCAUUUGCAGUAUGUUCAAUGCAAAUUUUGUUGUGCUAAUUACAACAAUUUGACAAAAGUAACACACAGUGCAAAACAUCAUAUUAAAAUGUACACUUUCAGUUGA